AUGUAGAUGGAAUCAAAUUUCAAUUUGAAUGAUCCUUCGGAAUAACUAGAUAAACCCCUCAAUACUUAAUAUCAUAUAUCAUAAGAGAUAGACUCGAGCAAUCACGAUAUUUUGACUCAAAAUUUAUAUCCUUCAGGGCUUGAAGAACCAGGAAGCAGGUAUCUAAAAAAACAGAAUCUUUUACACUCUGACAAGAUCAAUCCUAAGGUUCAUUCUCAACUUUUGUAUCAAGCUUCUAAAGAACAAGGUAAACACGAAGAUGUUUGCAGUAAGCAUUGUGAUCAAUCACAAUAUCUUUAAGAAUAUUAAAUAUAUUAAAUUUAAAAUAACUCUUCACAAAUUACUUUAACAAGAUCUUAGAAUAAUCAAAAAAAAUUUUCGCUUAAGCAAAUGAGGAGUGAACAUCAACUAUUUGAAGCCAUAUACUAGCAAAUUGUCUUUACCUAAUUUAUUAUUUAUUAGAUAGUUGAAAUGUUUGAUACAUAAUUGGAUUUGAAAUAAGUAAAACAAUUUUGCAAAAAGACUUAAAAUUCCUAUGCUUUCAUCUAUUAGAAUGUUCAUUUACUUGUUGAAGUAAUAUUUGGUAAUAAUAAAUUCAUUGAACAAGCUAAAACAAAUAAGUUAGUAAUUUAGCAUCCUCUCAAUAAUAAAAUAAUUUAAUAUUUAUUUGCUAAAAUAAGAGUUGAGCUCAAUAUGGAAGCAAAGUUGUAAGAAUUUAAACGCCUUGUUUAAUAUCUCAAAGAAUAGCAGUAUAUAGAUAUAAAUAUUUAAUAAAGAUGUAAUUUAUAAUAAAAAUAAAAAAAAAGAUGA